GUUAUUUGCAGCCUCUACUGUGUGUCCUCCAGGGUGUGUAAGUGGUUUUCCUGGCCCAGGACCAGGUUUCUCUCCUGCAGACACAACAGUGCAUUGCUUGUCUUGUUGACCUACUCCUCUAAAUAUGGCACUGGGGAGAUCUCCAUUUAAAUUUAAACUCGUGAAAGGGGAUUCUCCAUCUCCCUCUUGUUAAUCAUUGUGCUGUCUAUUUAAUGUUUUCACAGCCUCUGUGACUCCUCUCCUUUCACAUGUUGGGAGACAGACUGGCAGCAGCAGUAAGCUGAAACCAGCUUUUAUUCAGGAAGGGUUUCAGUGCUGUAAAAGGAGAAUUUUUUUACAGCAGAGGCAUGUGUGUUUUCUAAUUUAAAAUGGGUUACAUUUCUGUCAAAAUAGGAUCACACAUUCCAUCUGCUGCACAGUCUGAAGUCUGAGCCUGAGUCUGGUUAUGGGGGAAAAAAUUCCUGCAGUAUUUCAGUGCUGGGCUGUUAUUGGGGUAUUUAUUUCAGUGCUGGGCUGUUAUUGGGGUAUUUAUUUCAGUGCUGGGCUGCUAUUGGGGUAUUUAUUUCAGUGCUGGGGUGCUAUUGGGGUAUUUAUUUCAGUGCUGGGGUGCUAUUGGGGUAUUUCAGUGCUGGGCUGUUCUUAGUGUCCCUCCCUCCCUCGUGUGGCUGCAGGGUGAAAACGAGGAGUGUGUUUAUUUUAAAAAAGAGCCUUUGCCUGUCUGCAGGGGACAUGCCUGUCCCCUGAGUUCACUCUGCACCCUGACUCAGGGCUGGGGCACGCCAGGAAUGUAUUAAUAGCAAUGGCUUUCAAUCAACCACUGCCUUAUCAGAAAAUAGAUGGGCUGGUGAGCCUGCCCAGGGAUUGUUUACCAGCUGCCAGCUCCAGGCAGCAUUUCCCUGCAGCACAGGAGUGUGGCUGGAGUGAUGCAGGGUGAAGAUGAUGCUGAGGAUGGGGAGCAGAGCCUGGGGGAGCCGAGCUGAGUGAAGGAUGGAGAGGGAGGUGCAGAGCUGAUCCUCACCCUGAGCUGGGCUGAUGUGACAGGAGCCCCAGCUGUGAGCUCAGCAUGAUUUGUUGGUUCUCCUGUGCAGCCAGAGACUCUCUGAACCCAGACUGGAGCAAGUACGAUGACAGGCUGAUGAAGGCAGCUGAGAGGGGAGAUGUGGAGAAGGUUUCAUCCAUCCUGGCCAAGAAGGGGGUCAGCCCCACCAAGCUGGAUGUGGAAGGGAGAUCUGCAUUCCAUGUUGUAGCCUCAAAGGGGAACCUGGACUGCUUGAACACCAUCCUGGUGCAUGGAGUUGAUAUCACAGCCACUGAUGCUGCAGGCAGAAAUGCCCUGCAUUUGGCUGCCAAGUAUGGCCAUGCUCUGUGCUUGCAGAAGCUGCUGCAGUACAAUUGUCCAACAGAGAAUGUGGAUCUCCAGGGAAGAACUGCUCUUCAUGAUGCAGCCAUGUCUGACUGCUCUGCCAGCAUCCAGCUGCUCUGUGACCACGGCGCCGCCGUCAACUCCAAGGACGGGGACGGCAGGACCCCGCUGGUGCUGGCCACCCAGAUGUGCCGCCCCGCGCUCUGCCAGCUGCUGAUCGACCGGGGCGCCGACGUCAACGCCAGGGACAAGCAGGGCAGGACUGCCCUGAUGCUGGGCUGUGAGUAUGGCUGCAGGGAUGCCGUGGAGGUGCUGCUCAGGAACGCUGCUGACGCUGCUCUGACUGACGGCCUUGGCCAUGACUCUGCUUACUAUGCCAGGAUUGGGGACAACAUCGACAUUCUGGCUUCAGUCAAAGCUGCCCUUGAGGAUCCCAGCAGAGGCAGAGGCAGCGUGAGGAGAGGGCAGGCAGAGCAGAAGGUCCCCAGCGGCUGCCAGCAGUGGGGCAGGGCCACAGCAGCACAGGAGGAGCUGCCACCCCUGCAGAAGGAGCCCAGCACUCAGGAUCUGGAGUUGGAAAACCAAGAUUUGAGAGCUCGAAUGAGGGAAGUGCAGGAGGAGCAGAGGAUGCUGCUGGACAGGAUCAGUGGCUUGCAGCUGCAGCUGAGUGAGAAAGAUGAGCUGAAGAAAACCCUGACUACCAAGGAAAAGCAGCAGGAGGAAAGUUUAAGGACUAUUGAAGCUCUCAAAGCUAAACUCAAGUAUUAUGAAGGUGACUCUGCAGGGUCUGGAGGUAACUUUGCAAACAGGAAAGAAGAUUUAUUGCUUAAACAAGGCCAAGGCUUUGCAGUGGAAUCCCAGUCCAGGUCCAUGCUGAGGCCCCUGGAGCUGUCCCUGCCUGCCCAGUCCCCCAGCUCAGAGAAGGAGAGUUUGAAGCAGGAGCUGGAGAGCCUGAGGAGCUGCCUUGGGGCAGCCAAGGAGGAGAUCAGCAAGCUGCAGAGGGAGCUGUCCCUGAAGUGCUCAGAGUGCAGGGCUCUGGCCUCUGAGUGCCAGAGGAGCAAGGCAGAGGCUGAUGGGCAGGUCAGGCAGCUGGAGGAUGCUCUGAGGGACGUGCAGAAGAGGAUGUUUGAGUCUGAGGGCAAAGUGAAGCAGAUGCAGAGCCACUUCCUGGCCCUCAAGGAGCACCUGGCCAGCGAGGGGGCCUCAGGAGGCAGCAAGGUGGCAGAGGAGCUCAAGGAGCAGCUCCAGGAGAUGAAAAGCAAGUAUGAGGGAGCCUCUGCUGAGGUGGGGAAACUCAGGAACCAGAUCAAGCAGAACGAAUUGCUGGUGGCAGAGUUCCAGAGGGACGAGGGCAGGCUGCUGGAGGAGAACAAGAAGUUGCAGAAGGAGCUUGUGAAGUUGGAGAUGGAGAGAGAGAAAAGGGGCAGGGACGUGACAGAGUUGGAAGGGCAGCUCAGAGACACUGCGGCCAAACUGGCCCAGUCUGUGAGCACAGAGCAGUUUGAGAACAUGAGGAGUUUGCUGGCCAGCGAGGUGAGUGAGAAAGCAAGGAGGCUGGCAGAGGUGCAGGGGGAGAGGGAGAAGCUGCAGGCAGAGCUGGGGCUUUUACAGAGGGAGUGUGAGAGCCAGAGGGCUCAGCUGGCUCAGUGUGUGCAGCCAGAGGAGCACCAGCAGAUGAGGAGUGGCUUUGAGCAGAGGAAGGAGGAGCUGGGGAAGGCAAUUGCUGAGCUCUCACGGAAGAAUGAGACUCUGCAGAAGGAGCUGGAAAGAUUGCAGGCUGAUAACAAGGUGCUGAAGCAGCAAGUCCAGAUGCUAAAAACUGAAAUUAAAAGCCAGAAUGUGCCUUUAAAAAUUCAUGAGGAGUUGAAGAAAACAAACGAUCUGGCUGUGGGUGACCUGACAAAAAAGCUUUUUGAAAUGACAAAGAAGUACAAUGAAAGCAAAGCAGAAGCUGAGAAGUUGCUGGCAGAGAAGAACUCUUUAAAUGAGAAUAUCAGCCACUUCCAAGCUGUGUACCUGUCUCCAGAGCAGCACAGGAAGGAGGUGGAAGCUUUAAAAUCCAAUGGGAUGGAGCUUGAAAAGCAGCUUGCUGAGCUCCAGAAGAAAUGUGAGGAGGAGCAAGCCAAGGUGGGGGAGCUGCUGGCUGAGAACUCGGGGCUGAAGGAGACCCUGAGGGAUCAGUACGUGCUGGCCAGCACACAUGAGGAGGUCAAGACUGUCCUCAACAGCACCCUGCAAAAAACCAACGGGGAGCUGUCAGAUCUCAAGGGCAAAAUUGGAGAGAUAAAGCAAGAGUUCCUGAGGGUAACUGAAGAAAAUGGAGCUUUGAAAAACAAGGUGAAAGUCUUACAGAACCAACUAAAAACCGAGUAUAUAAGCUUAAAAGAUCACGAGACCACGGUGAAGACUUUAAAUCAAAGUGUGCAGGAGCUGCAGGAGAAGAAUGCUGCCGUCAGGGCAGAGCAGGAGAGGGGCCAGGAUGAAAUCCUCCAGCUGCACGCAGAGAUUGAGGCCCAGAAGAAGGAGCUGGACACCAUUCAGGAGUGCAUCAGGUCCAGGUGUGCCCUGCAGGACAGGGAGCAGGGCUGUGAGCUGCAGGAGCUGAGGGCACAGCUGCAGCAGCUGCAGCACAGCUGCAGGCACAGCCAGGAGGAGGCCCAGAGGUGCAGGGAGGAGAACGAGCAGCUCAGGAGCGGGGUGGUGUCCAUCCAGCAGGACCUGCAGCACAACCAGGUCCUGGCAGAGCAGUCCCACCGGCUGGAGCAGCUGUGUGCCAGCAGGAUGGAGGAGCUCAACCAGCAGCUGAGGGCUCUGCUGAGGAAACACGGGGGCCAGGAGGGGCAGGAGGAGCUGGCAGGCCCCCGGCAGGUCCUGGCAGGGCACGUGGAGGCUCUGGGGGAGGCUCUGGGCCGCACGGUGGAGGAGCUGCAGGAAGCCCUGGGCAGGGAGCAGGAGCAGCAUGGCAAGGAGCUGCUCCAGAUCAGGGAGCUGCAGCAGGAGCUGGCUGGCCUGAAGGAAUCCUCAGUGCCCCUGGUGGAAUACACCCAGCUGAAGGAAGGGCUGGAGGGAGAAAUCAGUGCUGUCAGGUGCAGCCUGCAGCAGAAGGAGGCAGAGAGCAGGGCCAGCAGCCAGGAGGUGCUGAGGCUGCAGGAGCAGCUGGGGCUGAGCCAGCAGGCUGUGGCAGAGCUGCAGAGCCAGCAGCAGGCGGCCAGGGCAGAGUACAGCUCCAUCAAGAGCGCCCUGGAGGCCCAGGUGAGCAGCAUGGCUGCCCAGCUGGCCAGCGUGAGCCACAGGUACGAGCAGGCCUGCCAGGAGGCCGAGCAGGCCAGGAGGAGCCAGCUGAGCCUCAGGGAGGAGAAGGAGCAGCUGCAGCUGCGCAGCUGCAGCAUCGAGCAGGAGAUCAGGGACCAGAAGGAGAGGUGUGACAGGUCACUGACAACCAUCCUCGAGCUGCAGAGGAGGAUCCAGGAGUCUGCAGAGCAGGUGGAGGCCAAGGACAACAAGAUCACAGAGCUGCUGAACGACGUGGAGAGGCUGAAGCAGGCUCUCAAUGGGCUGUCCCAGCUGACUUACACCACUGGGAUCCCCUCCAAGAGGCACAGCCAGCAGGUGGAACUGCUCCAGAGCCAAGUGAAAACACUCCAGCAGCAGCUGGCUGAUGCCAAGCAGCAGCACCAGGAGGUGAUCUCUGUGUACAGGACUCACCUGCUCAGCGCUGUCCAGGGCCACAUGGAUGAAGAUGUGCAGGCUGCCCUGCUGCAGAUCAUCCAGAUGAGGCAGGGCCUGGUGUGCUGACCUGCUGCUGGGACACAAGCUCUGGUAUUCAAUCACUGGUGGUGACAAAGCUGCAGUUACAGCCUCACAACUCCAAGCUGCAGCUUCUUCUUCUCAUAAAACACUAAACAGGGCUGUGGUGGUUCAGGCCUGACACUUUUUUCGUGAAAAGGAUAAAAAGUUUAGAACAUCUUUUAGAACUGUCAAAAUGAUGACAUAGAGGUUAAAUUAUUUUAAUGUCUGAUUGACCACUUAUUAAAGCAGGACCUACAGAAGCUCCAGUUGAUCCUUGAACUUGAACUCUCCUGGGAUGGUUAAAAAUAAACUGCAGAGGAGUGUGGCUGAGUGUUGUAGCUGUGGCUGUCCCUCAGUGAUGAAGAGAAAGUGGCUCAUUUGUCACACUGGCUGAGCAGGAGUGCUGUGACACACACAGGAAGCUCUUCUGGUGUCUCUUGUAACUUGGCUGGCCAAGUUACAGCCUUUAUUUAAUAUAUAAGCUGAAGAUUUAGUGCCUUUGCUUCUGCAAGACUUGAAAAAAAAAUCAGAUUUUCCAUCCAAACACUAAAGUCCCUCCCCUAAAUUGUUCCUGGGUGCUUCAGUGCUGACUGCUGCAGGCUGGAGCAGCUGGAUCCCAGUGCCAGGGGCAGGAUUUCAUCCUUCAGGAUGGCACUGAGCACUCACUGAGGCACUGGAUUCUCAAACACAGCUCCUGGGAGCCUGAGCUGUACAUCAGGUGCUUCAGUCUUUUUUAUGGGGGGAGAUGUCAGUAGGGAGGAUUAAUGAGAGUUUUUAAUUGCUGCAAUCUCCCCAUGAAACAAGGCUCAUUCUGAACUGCAGGAUGGUUUCCAUAAGGAAGUUUUGUGUAAAAACCAAACCAUGAAAUUUGUUACAAAGGGAAGGCUGAAGAAGGAGCUGGUAACAAAUGGGGCUGUUCAAGCUGAGUGCUGACCUCAGUCUGAUUUUUAAAAGCUCCUGCUGAUCCCCAUCAGGGGAAUGGGGCAUCCUGGUGCACAAAAGCCAAACUUCCCCUCCAGGCUGCUGAGAAACCAGGGCUGCAGUCAGAGUUCCUGCUCUGUGUUCUCUGGGCUGCCCCUCCUGCCCUGGGCUCCUGUUUUCCAGCAGAAUUAUGUUUAUCUCCUUUUUUCCUCCCUUUUUGGGCAGAGUCUUGUAGGACUGAGGAGGCCACGUGGAGUUCCAGACAGUGAUGGAUGUGCAGGGCAGUUUUUAUCUAGAAAUACCUUUAAUAUAUUUACUAAAUCCAUGUCUGUAGUAAAACAGAUCUGCUGCUGCUUUCCUUUAGUUUCUUAGAGGGUUAUUACAGAAAACAUCUCGGAGUAAAGAGUUUCUUUUUAGCCAAAUAUCUUUUAUGAUUGCAUUACUUGAAAUUUCUUGGAGAGGAUUUGUUUUGUUGUACUAACUGGCCUAUUUUGAUAUUGUAUUUCCUUACCCAGGGACUUCUAGCUAUGUUUUUCUAAAUCUCUCCUAUAUUAUAACAUCAAUAAAAUAGUUUCUUCUUUUU